GGACUUUAUUGUGCAAUCCUGAACCACACUGCAGGUUUCAAGAUAUCGAUAAAAGUCUGCAGUCUGCAGGGUGCUCGACAUGGCUGCCCUGUCGCAAGAUCACGAUGUUCGGGUAGAGCCGACCCCUUCGUCAUCACCCCAGCGCUGCUAGCCUGUAUGGAGCAUACUUCAAGUUGGAGGAAUUUCUGCCAUUUUUGAUCCUUCUCAACUGCACGACAUCUCACAUUCUAGUUCUUGGCUACCCUGUAGUCAUUGAGACCGAUCCCACGAUGGCAAACGCUUCGUAUGCUGCGCGGCAGCCUCCUGCGGUGGAGGGCGAGAAGCCUGUUCAUGUGCUGGUCACUGGCUUUGGUUCCUUCCUUGACAAAUACCCUAAGAAUUCUUCCUGGGAAAUCGCAUCCACCCUCCCCGCCUUGAUCCCCGCCUCCCCCGGCAACCCAACGCCCAUCCACAUCAGGGUCCAUCACGAACCCAUCAGAGUUGCCUACGAAAACGUCGUCAACACAGUCCCCAGACUUCUGUCACCCGACAGCUCAGCCUUUCCUCCAGAUAUAGUUCUUCAUAUUGGCCUUGCGGCAAGCCGAAGCUUCUAUGCCAUAGAACAGGGUGCCCACUCCAGAGGAUAUGGCAAAACCGCUGAUGUCAACGGCGACCUCUUCCUUGACGCUGCGGCGCAAGAUCUAUUCCCCAAAGAAACGUAUCCAGAAAUGUUGAGCACGGGGUUCGACACCGCCGACGUGCUAUCUCGCUGGCGCACAAGUCUCGGGUACAGCACCCCCUCCGGCUCCCCCUCCAUCGAGGAACUGCCCGACAUACGCAUAAACCCCGACGCAGGCAACUUCCUUUGCGGAUUCAUCUACUACAACUCGCUCGCGCACUACCACGCUCAGAAUGGCGGGGACGGCGAGAGGCCGGUGGUGUUUAUGCAUGUACCAGAUUUGAGCGGGAGCGAGGAGAAGCUGAGGGAGGGGUGGGAGGUCGCUGUUGCGCUUAUCAAGGCGCUGGUGGAGAGUAUGCGGAAGGUGGGUGUUAGUGGUGGCGGUGAGGGGAAGGAGGCGGGGCUGGGAGGGCAGGAAGAUGAUGCUAGGAACAACACGGCUGUCUAGGGUGAUGGGACGAGGUGUAUGAGUGUGACGCAUGUUGUGAUUGCAUGUACGAUGGGUUCGUGGGUGUUUAAGUAUAUGGAGGGGAUUUCGUCGGGUCGGGAGGUUCGUUGAAUACAUAUGCAGUGUGUAAUCAGGACACAGCUAGCUAUAUACUUGAAGGAGAUAGAGAUGAAGAUUCA